AUGUCCGGCUCCGGCAGGAAAGACUUCGACGUGAAGCACAUCCUGCGCCUCCGCUGGAAACUGUUCAGCCACCCCUCGCCGGCGGGCGGCCCGGCGGGGGGCGGCUGCCUGCCGCCCGACAGCAGCUUCGAGCACUGGGGGCCGAGCCAGAGCCGCCUGCUGAAGAGCCAGGAGAGGGGCAGCAGCGCCUUCUGGAAGAAAUCCCCCUUCUCAGCCUCCUACACCGCCGCCGGGCCGCCCAACGGGACGCCGCGGCCGGGCGGGGGGCACGGGCCGGGUCCGGGUCCUCCUCCGCCGCCGCCCCGCACCGUCUUCUACGUGGAGUCCCUGGAGGAGGAAGAGGAGGAGGAGGCGGUGGCGGCGCCCGGCGGGAUGGAGGUCGCCCGGGAGCCCGAGAAGCCCCCGGCGCCGGCGGAGCGGGAGGAGGCGCCGGGGGGAUGCGCGGAUGGCGGCAGCCGGGCAACAGGUGACGGAGGAGGGCGCAGACUGUCAGCAGCCAGCCAUCCCCUGUCACCUCACUGUGACAUGGAUUCGAGUAGUUCUGAGGAAUUCUACCAGGCUGCUCACCAUGCUGAGCAAACCUUCAGAAAGAUGGAGAGCUACCUGAAGCAACAGCAGCUCUGUGACGUUAUUCUGAUUGCUGGGAAUCGCAAGAUACCUGCACACAGACUUGUCCUCAGUUCUGUCUCUGACUACUUUGCUGCCAUGUUCACAAGCGAUGUUUGUGAAGCCAAGCAAGAAGAGAUCAAAAUGGAAGGCAUAGACCCAAAUGCACUGUGGGAUCUUGUUCAGUUUGCAUAUACAGGCUGCCUGGAGCUGAAAGAGGACACUAUUGAAAAUCUUCUGGCAGCUGCCUGCAUCCUCCAGCUCCCCCAAGUAGUAGAGGUUUGCUGCCAUUUUCUAAUGAAGCUUUUGCACCCAUCCAACUGUUUGGGAAUACGAGCAUUUGCUGAUGCACAAGGAUGCACAGAGCUAAUGAAGGUGGCUCACAACUACACAAUGGAGAAUAUAAUGGAAGUUAUAAGAAAUCAAGAAUUUUUACUUCUACCAGCUAAAGAACUCCAUAAACUUCUUGCUAGCGAUGAUGUGAAUGUUCCUGAUGAAGAGACCAUUUUCCAUGCCUUAAUGAUGUGGGUGAAGUAUGAUAUGCAGAGGCGAUGCAGUGACCUAAGUAUGCUGCUUGCUUAUGUAAGAUUACCACUGCUUCCACCUCAGAUACUGGCUGACCUUGAAAACCACGCACUUUUUAAGGAUGACCUAGAAUGCCAGAAGCUUAUUCUGGAAGCCAUGAAAUACCAUCUUUUACCAGAGAGAAGAACUCUUAUGCAAAGUCCAAGAACUAAACCUAGAAAAUCUACAGUUGGCACACUUUAUGCUGUUGGAGGAAUGGAUAACAACAAAGGUGCUACAACUAUUGAAAAAUAUGAUCUCAGAACAAAUAUAUGGAUCCAGGCUGGAAUGAUGAAUGGCAGGAGGCUUCAGUUUGGUGUUGCUGUCAUUGAUGACAAGCUCUUUGUCAUUGGAGGCCGGGAUGGUUUAAAGACGUUAAACACCGUUGAAUGUUACAAUCCAAAGACAAAGGCUUGGACUGUGUUACCACCAAUGUCAACACAUAGGCAUGGUUUAGGAGUAACAGUGCUUGAAGGGCCUAUUUAUGCAGUAGGAGGCCAUGAUGGUUGGAGCUAUUUGAAUACAGUUGAGAGGUGGGACCCUCAAAGUCAGCAGUGGACAUUUGUGGCAAGUAUGUCAAUUGCCAGAAGCACUGUUGGAGUAGCAGCGUUAAAUGGCAAGUUAUAUUCAGUUGGAGGUCGGGAUGGAAGUUCAUGUUUGAGUUCAAUGGAAUAUUAUGACCCUCACACAAAUAAAUGGAAUAUGUGUGCUCCAAUGUGUAAGAGAAGAGGAGGUGUAGGAGUGGCUACAUGUGAUGGCUUUCUUUAUGCAGUUGGAGGUCAUGAUGCUCCUGCUUCUAACCACUGCUCCCGACUGCUGGACUAUGUAGAAAGAUAUGAUCCAAAAACUGAUACAUGGACAAUGGUGGCUCCACUGAGUAUGCCUCGAGAUGCUGUUGGUGUCUGUCUACUUGGUGACAAAUUAUAUGCAGUAGGUGGAUAUGAUGGUCAAACAUACCUGAACACUAUGGAAGCCUAUGACCCUCAAACCAAUGAAUGGACACAGAUGGCUUCCCUAAAUAUUGGAAGAGCUGGUGCCUGUGUUGUAGUCAUCAAGCAACCAUGA